AGGAGGGCCGCGUGCCGCGUCUGCGGGAAGGAACCGGGAGUGACCCGAGUCCAGGGCCAGGAGCCUAGAGGCCUGUGGAGCCCGGUGGGGAACGCACGGACGCAGCUGAGCUGGGGGCCGCCGCUGCCGGCUGACGGGCCCGGCCCAGCCUGGCGCCGAGGGGGAAGUGCACUGUGGACACGCGGAGGAGCGAGUCACCGCGGCCUUUAGUGAGACCCAACGAAAAGAGCAUGACAUUUAGAAGCAGAAGACUUAGUUUCAAAUCCCUGCUCUUUCACUUACUAAUUUUGUGAUUUGGAAAUAUCUAUGCAAGAUGUUGACAUUGCAAACUUGGAUAGUGCAAGCCUUGUUUAUUUUCCUCACCACUGAAUCUGUAGGAGAACUUCUAGAUCCAUGUGGUCAUAUCCACCCUGAAUCUUCAGUUGUACAACUUGGUUCUAAUUUCACAGCAGUUUGUGUGCUAAAGGAAAAAUGUAUGGAUUAUUUUCAUGUGAAUGCUAAUUACAUUUUCUGGAAAACAAACCAUGUUAUUGUUCCUUUUGAACAAUAUACUGUCAUAAACAGAACAGCAUCUAGUGUCACAUUUACAGAUAUAUCUUUAUUAAAUAUUCAACUCACUUGCAACAUUCGUACAUUUGGACAGAUUGAUCAGAAUGUUUAUGGAAUCAGAAUAAUUUCAGGCUUGCCUCCAGAAAAACCUAAAAAUUUGAGUUGCAUUGUGAACGAAGGAAAGAAAAUGAUGUGUCAGUGGGAUCCUGGAAGGGAAACGCACCUGGAAACAAACUAUACUUUAAAAUCUGAAUGGGCAACAGAGAAGUUUGAUGAUUGUAAAGCAAAACGUGACACCCGAACCUCAUGCACUGUUGAUUAUUCUCCUGUAUAUUUUGUCAACAUUGAAGUCUGGGUAGAAGCAGAGAAUGCUCUUGGGAAUGUUACCUCAGAUCAUAUCAAUUUUGAUCCUGUAGAUAAAGUGAAGCCCAAUCCACCACAUAAUUUAUCAGUCAGCAACUCAGAGGAACUGUCUAGUAUUUUAAAAUUGACAUGGAUCAACUCAAGUAUUAAGAGUUUUAUAAGACUGAAAUAUAACAUUCAAUAUAGGACCAGAGAUGCCUCAACUUGGAACCAGAUUCCUCCUGAAGAUACAGCAUCUACCCGAUCUUCAUUCACUGUCCAGGACCUUAAACCUUUUACAGAAUAUGUGUUUAGGAUUCGUUGUAUGAAGGAAGAUGGUAAAGGAUUUUGGAGUGACUGGAGUGAAGAAGCAAGUGGGAUCACAUAUGAAGAUAGACCAUCCAAGGCACCAAGCUUCUGGUAUAAGAUAGAGCCAUCUCAUACUCAUGGCUGUAGAUCUGUACAACUCAUAUGGAAGACAUUGCCUCCUUUUGAAGCCAAUGGAAAAAUCUUGGAUUAUGAAGUGACUCUCACAAGAUGGAAAUCACGUUUACAAAAUUACACAGUUAACGACACAAAACUGACAGUAAACCUCACAAAUGAUCGGUACAUAGCAACUCUGACAGCAAGAAAUCUGGUUGGCAAAUCAGAUGCAUCUGUUUUAACUAUCCCUGCCUGGGACUUUCAAGCUACUCACCCCGUAACGGAUCUUAAAGCAUUUCCCAAAGAUAAUGUGCUUUGGGUAGAAUGGACUGCUCCAAAUGAAUCUGUAAACAGAUAUGUACUUGAGUGGUGUGUGUUAUCAGAUAAAUCGCCCUGUAUCCCAGACUGGCAACAAGAAGACGGUACUGUACAUCGCACCUAUUUAAGAGGAAACCUAGCAGAGAGCAAAUGUUAUUUGAUAACAGUCACUCCAGUGUAUGCUGAUGGACCAGGAAUCCCGGAGUCUAUAAAGGCAUACCUUAAACAAGCUCCACCUUCCAAAGGACCUACUGUCCGGACAAAAAAAGUGGGGAAAAAUGAAGCUGUCUUAGAGUGGGACCAACUUCCUGUUGAUGUGCAGAAUGGAUUUAUCAGAAAUUAUACUAUAUUUUAUAGAACCAUCAUUGGAAAUGAAACUGCUGUGAAUGUGGAUUCUUCCCACACAGAAUAUACACUGUCCUCUUUGACUAGUGACACUUUGUAUAUGGUACGAAUGGUAGCAUAUACAGAUGAAGGUGGAAAGGAUGGUCCAGAAUUCACUUUUACUACACCAAAGUUUGCCCAAGGAGAAAUUGAAGCUAUUGUUGUACCUGUUUGCUUAGCAUUCCUGUUGACAACCCUUUUGGGAGUAUUAUUCUGCUUUAAUAAGCGAGACCUAAUUAAAAAACACAUCUGGCCUAACGUUCCAGAUCCUUCAAAGAGUCAUAUUGCCCAGUGGUCACCUCACACACCUCCAAGGCAUUUUAAUUCAAAAGAUCAAAUGUAUCCAGAUGGCAAUUUCACUGAUGUAAGCGUUGUGGAAAUAGAAGCAAAUGACAAAAAGCCUUUCCCAGAAGAUCUAAAAUCAUUGGACCUAUUCAAGAAGGAAAAAAUUAAUACUGAAGGACACAGCAGUGGUAUUGGAGGGUCUUCAUGCAUGUCAUCUUCUAGGCCAAGCAUUUCUAGCAGUGAUGAAAAUGAAUCUGCACAGAACACUUCGAGCACUGUCCAGUAUUCCACUGUGGUACAUAGUGGCUACAGACACCAGGUGCCAUCGGUCCAAGUCUUCUCAAGAUCCGAGUCCACCCAGCCCUUGUUAGAUUCCGAAGAACGGCCAGAAGAUCUACAGCUGGUAGAUAAUGUAGAUGGCAGUGAAGGCAUUUUGCCCAGGCAACAGUAUUUCAAACAAAACUGCAGUCAACAUGAAACCAGUCCAGAUAUUUCGCGUUUUGAAAGGUCAAAGCAAGUUUCAUCAGUCAAUGAAGAAGAUUUUGUUAGACUUAAACAGCAACAGAUUUCAGAUCAUAUUUCACAGCCCUAUGGAUCUGGGCAAAUGAAAAUGUUUCAGGAAGUUCCUGCAGCAGAUGCUUUUGGUCCAGGCACUGAGGGUCAAGUAGUGAGAUUUGAAACAGUUGGGAUGGAGGCUGCAAUUGAUGAAGGAAUGCCUAAAAGUUACUUGCCACAGACUGUAAGACGAGGUGGCUACAUGCCUCAGUGAAGGACUAACUCCUGUUACAACUUUGGAAGUACCUGUAAAGUAAAGCUAAAAAUAUUUUAUCUGUGAUUUCAGAUCUUCACUCACUGAAGAUGAUCAUUUGCCCUUAAGGACAAGAAGGUACUGUCCUCCCAUGUGGGCUGUUUCCAUUCCAGAAUAUCUGGGAUUUGACUUUAAGCACUACAUAAACUGACUUCAUCCUCCAAAUAGCUGAAUGACUUUGUGCUGUUUCAGGAUGUUUGCACUGAAGAAAAACAAAAGCUUGUCUGAAAUUUAUAAAGUGAAACUUUUUGUUUUGCCAUCUAGAAAACAGAGGGUAUUUAAAUUAAAAGCAGUGGUAAACUUAGUGAGCACAGCUAUACUGAUUUUAAUGAGAAUAGUCAUCAAAUAUCAAAUCUUGGGGAGAAUUAGCAUAAAAAUUAGAGGAGCAAGGUCUAGACCCUCUACUUCAAGUGACAACAUAAUUUAAAAAGAGUCCAGAUGGUACAACUAAUAUGAGCCCAGCUUUUGUUGUCUGACAAAA